GAGACUUGUUGAUCAUGACAGCUUGAGACUCGUCUCCCGCGGUUAUUUUCCGACAAAUGGUGACCCCGACGUGAUACAGACCGGGGAAUUUCGGCUGCCACGAACGGAGACUGCGUUGGGUUCGGGUCCCGCAGCUAGACGGACGGCGAAAGAGUGAAAGAUUGGACUCCGCGCCUCGGGUGACCACAGCGGUGGGCUCGACCGAUACGUGCUGCUGAAGCUUGGAGGGCUGCAACAGCGCUGACGUAGGUAAGGAUGGACAGGCAAGCAGCAUAUGAUUUAUUUACCGCCUUCUUGAGAAAGAGACAAUUUCAGGGGCUAGAUCUAGAGAAGGAACUCCCUGCCCUGUUGAGUCACGCGGUAUCGUACGGGUUCUUUGCCAACCCUCACUUGGUACACACGCUAGAUGAAUGGCGGCGGUAUGGGGAUAAGCUCUGGGAGUUAGUUUUGGAGGACGACAUGCCAGCGAAAAAGAUGAGUAAACUAUGGAAGGCGGUACAUAACGAAUUACUCAUGAGUCAGGCGGAGAAAAGGGCAGCUCAGGGAGCUCAGGCGGCUCAAGAAACGAACAAAGAUUAUGGGUUGGUAUGGGAUAGCACUCCGAACCCUCCCUCUUAUCGCACGUUUAUGCUACCCUCUGCUCCCCCUGCGCCCAUAAACGGAACACAGGAGGGAUCAGUCACGGAAUCAGCGGAGGCACCUCUGCGCCGAACAACAGGGCCGUCAGCCCUGGGCGACUCCGAACCGAUUCCCGGUGCCGAGUCUGACCUUGCGGAGGCUAUAGCCAGGGAGAGACGGGAGUUGUGGACCAUGUUAGCAAGACAUGGGAUGGAAGGCGGAGAUAAUGAGCUUGUGCAGGCAGCAACAGAAAAUCUUGCGUUCCCAGUUGUUUGUACUCCCACGCCGCAGGGCGGAAUACAAGCAGAAAUUCGAACUCUAGAUUGGAAGAUGUUGUCCCAACUACGGGCUACAGUGGGGACAUACGGAGUAACCAGUGAGCCGGCUAGACAGAUGAUGGAAUAUUUAUUCAGCACGCAUAUACUCCUCCCGGCCGAUAUUAGAGGCAUAGCUAGAUUAAUUUAUACCCCUCUCCAACUAAUAUUGUUUAAUGCACACUGGCAGCAGGAAGCCGCGGUAUCGGUGGCAGUGCAGAGAGGUCCAGGAGACCCACUGGCAGGUAUAACAGUAGAACAAUUGAUGGGUCUUGGGGCAUGGACUCGGGUAGAAGCACAAGCAAUUUCCGGGCCUGACGUCUCCUGAGAAAUAAUGGCCGUAGCCAGACGGGCUAUGGACAAGAUAAAGGCUCCUGGAGGUACACCUAUUUACAUGGGGAUACGACAGGGGCGGGAAGAGCCAUUGGGUGAUUUUGUGGAUAAAGUUAUGGAUGCGAUCAAAAAGGCUAGCGUACCAGAAUACAUGCAAGGAGCGCUGCUUAAGGAGUGCGUACUACAGAACGGGAACCCUACCACCCGGUCUCUUGUAAACACACUACCUGGGGACUGGUCGGUCCCAGAGUUACUGGAGAAGGCUGCCACGGUCCCCUCCGGAACCCAGGCCUCCCUAGUCAGCGCCUUGCAAAAAAUUGGAGAUGGGUUGCGAGAACAGGCUAGGGCAUUUCAGGAACAGUCGAGGUCAGCUCAAACUCAGGUGUUGGCAGCCCUUGCGCCCCUCCAAGCUGCAGCCUCCAUGGGCCCCCACUCGCGCGGCAACUCCCGCAUGAAGUGCUUUCGCUGUGGGAAUGUCGGACACAUCCGCCGUGAAUGCCAAGCAGAUGGGGUCUGGUGCGGCAAGUGUCAAUCGAACACCCACAACGCCAACGCCUGCCGCCGAAAGUCGGGAAACGCGAGGAGCAGCGCGAACAGCAGCCGCGCCCGGACACAAGUAGCAGCUGCAGCAUCGAACGCCCCCGACGGCAACAACCCCAGCCUGCCACAAGCGGGAGCCUCAGCCUGAACGUGGCAGCCUCAGUAGAUGUUACCAUUUUAUCCAACCAACCCCACCGAAUUGCUACCGGACUGUUUGGCCCUGUUAUGAUAAAUGGACAAGCGGUGGGAGGGCUGCUGCUAGGAAGAUCAUCAGCCAGCAUGCUGGGGCUAUUUGUCUUGCCUGGGAUCAUAGAUGCAGAUUACCAAGGAGAAAUUAUGGUUAUGGCGCAUACCCCCUACCCGCCAAUAAGGAUUAACAAGGGGCAACGGAUAGCUCAGCUAGUUCCGCUGCCACAACUAACGAAAGGGAUGACACCCCUAAAGCAGGAACCGAGGGAGCAAAAAGGAUUCGGCUCAACUGGGGGACUGACUCUGCUCACUAUCGACCUGUCAGAUCGCCCAAAGAAACCAUGCACAUUGUAUUACCGAAAUCAGAGCAUUAUUCUGACAGGAUUAUUGGACACGGGCGCAGAUACAUCGAUCAUUACCCCAGGAGAAUGGCCGUCGGAAUGGCCACUCCAGUCGUCCACUACCACGGUGACCGGGGUUGGAGGAGUGGCGUUAGCGAGCCGGACCCCUAUGCUCACGGUAGAAAUAGACGGCCGAAGAGCCACAGCUGUGUUCUCACUAGCCUUGCUCCCGCCCACAGUAUCCUGCCUUAUCGGUAGAGACGUGUUGGCCCAAUUAGGCCUUGUCCUUACCAAUGAACACCCUUUAGGAUAACGGCCAUUGCUUGGACUUUCCUCAUUACCUACUGUAUAAAUAUAAUACCAAUGUGCCUAAUAAACGAGACUUGUUGAUCAUGACAGCUUGAGACUCGUCUCCUGUGGUUAUUUUCCGACAAAUGGUGAUCCCAGCAGCAGCAAGAAAAAUCCAUGACCCAGCUGCUGCAGAAGGGGAAAUUAUUUGCUGUGAUAACGGCGCUCAUCAAGGCAUCGUUUGCAGUGGAAAUGGCAAGCAGAGCAUUGGGGGUGGAAAUCUCUCUUUGUCGAAUGUGGCACCACUGCUCAUGGAUUGAAUUCUCUGCCCUUCUAUACCUGACACCAGGUUUUAAUUGACAUCAGGCAUCUUUGCUGUGCUCUGUCACUCGUGCUGCUCUGUCUGUGCCAUGAGAUGUGUGGAAGGUUCCAGCCAGCGGCCGGUUUGAUGGAGAGGAUCCAAGCUAUUGCUCAAAACGUCUCAGACAUCGCAAUAAAAGUAGACCAGAUUCUCCGGAAUAGCCUCAUGAACGCAAAAAUGGGGGAUGGCAGGAGGGACCAGUGCGAGGUGCCCAGGGACCCCAAGUACCCUGACUGCGCUGGGAAGGUGGAGUGGAUGAGGGCCAGGUGGACUUCCGACCCCUGCUAUGCAUUCUUUGGCGUGGAUGGCACCGAGUGCUCCUUCCUCAUCUACCUCAGUGAAGUUGAGUGGUUCUGCCCUCCCCUGCCCUGGAGGAACCAGACGGCCGCACCGUCCCCUCCGCCGCCGCCCCGUGCCCAGGCAGCUUUCCGCAGCAACCUGGCCCCGUUGCUGGAGCUGGUGGGCACGGGCAAGGAGUCCCUCAGCUUCAUGAAGAAGAGGAUCCGGCACCUGGCCCAGCAGUGGCUGCGGGCGGCCCGGCGCCUCGAGCAGAAGCUGAAGGGACAGCAGGGGGACCAAAAACAUAUCCUGAUUCACAUUGGCUUCCUGACGGAGGAGUCAGGGGACGUCUUCAGCCCACGGGUGCUGAAGGGGGGGCCCUUGGGCGAGAUGGUGCAGUGGGCCGACAUCCUGGCUGCCCUUUUCCUGCUGGGACACAGCCUGAAGGUGACAGUCUCGCUGAAGGAGCUGCAGAGCAACUUAGGGGUGCCUCCAGGCCGAGGAAACUGCCCCUUGACAAACCCUUUGCCUUUUGACCUGAUCUACACCGACUACCACGGCCUCCAGCAGAUGAAGCAGCACAUGGGGCUCUCCUUUAAGAAAUACAGGUGCCGCGUUCGUGUCAUAGAUACCUUCGGGACGGAGCCAGCCUACAACCACGAGGAAUACGCCACGCUGCGCGGCUUCCGCACCAACUGGGGCUACUGGAACCUGCACCCCUCCCAGUUCAUGACCAUGUUCCCGCACACCCCGGACAAUUCCUUCAUGGGCUUCGUGUCGGAGGAGCUCAACCAAACCGAGCGGCAGCGCAUCAAAUCCAACAAAGUGGGCAGCAUGGCGGUGGUGUACGGGAAGGAGGCCAGCAUCUGGAAGCUGCAGGGCAAGGAGAAAUUCCUGGCCAUCCUCAACAAGUACAUGGAGAUCCAUGGCACUGUGUACUACGAGACGCAGCGGCCACCAGAGGUGCCAGCCUUUGUCAAGAACCACGGGCUGCUGCCACAGCACGAGUUCCAGCAGCUGCUGAGGAAGGCGAAGCUCUUCAUCGGCUUUGGGUUCCCCUAUGAGGGUCCGGCCCCACUGGAGGCCAUCGCCAACGGCUGUGUGUUCCUGCAGGCGCGCUUCAACCCCCCCCACAGCUCCCUCAACCAUGAGUUCUUCCGUGGGAAGCCCACCUCCAGAGAGGUGUCCUCCCAGCACCCGUACGCCGAGGACUUCAUCGGGAAGCCACACGUGUGGACUGUCGACUACAAUAACUCCGAGGAGUUUGAAGCUGCUAUCAAAACAAUCCUGAGGACCCAGGUGGACCCUUACCUGCCUUACGAGUACACCUGCGAGGGGAUGCUGGAGCGGAUCCACGCCUACAUUCAGCACCAGGAUUUCUGCACCAUGCCAUCCCCUCCACCGCCUGCCAAGGCCCAGAGCCCUGCUAUGCAAAGCCCUCCGAGCCCUCUGGCCCUGUCUCCCAAUGCCACCCACCUGGUGUGGUCCCCCAGCGCCCUCCGGGACCCCCACGCCUGGCCGCCGGCAGACUCGCUGCAGGUGUGGCUGUCGGAGGGGCGGCAUUCCUGCACCGAGACGUGCCGCCGGCGUGGGCUGGUGUGUGAGCCCACCUUCUUCAGGUUCCUCAACAAGAAGGAGGUGUUCCUGCAGCUCAGCAUCACCUGCGACAGCACCGAGUACGAGAUGAACCAUCUCUACCCGGCAGUGGCAGAGAACGUUCACGAGUGCUACCUCCAGAAGGAGCCGCUGCUCUUCAGCUGCGCGGGGCACAACACCAAGUACCGGCGCCUCUGCCCCUGCCGCGACUACCGCGAGGGCCAGGUGGCUCUGUGCAGGGACUGCUUGUGACUCGGGGCCCUCAGAGGUGACGCGCCAUGUGCCGCCGGUGGCUUUAGCUCAAAGCUCGUGCAAUAGCUGGGGAGGCAGGACGGGAUGCGCUCCGAGCCGGGGGUGCCGGGCUGCGAACGGCCCCGUCCCGAUGGUCGGUUCCAUUUUCCUCUUGAGGCGCAUCGUCCGUCCGCAUCCGAACCCACCUGGACCGCGUCGGCGCUGGGAUGGGGGUGGCGGUGAGAUGGAGCCGGAGGGGAUCACCCUUCCCCUCUUCCAUCCGUGGGAUGAGCCACCAGCAGACUGCAGUUUCAGGGUUUUCAUUCUCUCGAAGCAUCCGAGGUUGUUUUAUUUAUUUAUUUUCUAUCCCCCUUCCCCCCGCCCCCCACCCCUCGCCCCCCCCCCCCCCCCCUUCCAGAAUGAGUGGUGAAUUAAAGGGGAAAAAAAACCCACCCAGCCCUUCUUGUGAGGAGUUAUUGGGUUGUGCUGGGGGGGGACCCUUCCUUGGCCGGGGAAGGCAAAACCUGAGGACAGUGGCUGCAAUGGGUGCAUGCAGCAGGGGCUUGGCCUGCAGCACGAGGCUGGGGCUGAGCAGUGCUGCGUGGGGCUCCAGAAGGAUGCUGGGCUCAGGGCUGGGCAGGGUGCUGUGCACCAUUGUGUCGGUGGUGGCACGGUGCUGCUCCUCGUUUGAGGCAGGAGGAGGUGGUUGCAGCAGCUGGCAUGUUACUGGCAUGGAGUGAAGGUGGGGGCAGUUGUAAGGCAGAGCAGCUGCAACUGCAGCAUUGUGCUUGCAUCUCCCCAGCACUGCAGCCCCUGCUUUUCCAACCAGCUGUGACAGAAGGUGAGCUCCAGGCCAAGAGCUCCAUGCAGCAUCUUCGCUUCUUUAGCUUCUCUUUAAGCUCAUCAUCUCCUUUUAGAGAAGUGUUUGGUGCUGCUUGUGUUACCUCUCCUGGCAUGCAGUCCUGCUGGCUUAGUGGGACCUGUGGUGAGCAGAUUGGUUGGGUCUGGGGGGUUCUCAUGGAGUGGUGCUGCAGGGUCAGUGCUCAGCCUUCCUGCUGCUGAGGAGGGAGUAAAAACACAGCUGUGAGCUGCAGACUGGGCGCUUUUACUAUGCAUGGAAUAACCCCUCAUCUCAGCCUGAUGGUGUCACCUGGGAGCACUGUCCCCACCUGGCUCAGGGUGACAGAGCAGGGGGACACAAGCAGGAUGAGUGCAGCCCCAUUUUGGCACCACGCUGCUCCUGCCAUCCCCCAGCCCAGAGCCAGUGCUGUUAUCCUGGAGCCAUUUGUCACCUUCAGCGCGACGUCGUGCAGGCAGCCUCCAAGCAGCCGGUGAUGCCGACAAGGGAAAGGAUUGAUUAAGUAAUCUGUGUGUCUUGCAGCAGGCGUGUGUGUAAAUAAAAGCUGUGGAAGCCUCUCUUUGCAGAGAUGAACACCAAUCCUUCCUGCCUUUCCCUGGCACCUUUCAUCUGGUGCUGCAUUGGCACCAGGGAGGUCAUCGUCCCUGGAGGUGUUCCAGGACCGUGGAGAUGUGGCACUGAGGGAUGUGGUCAGUGGGCGCAGUGGGGAGGGGUUGGGGUUGGGGUUGGACUGGGUGAUGUUAUUGGUCUCUCCAGCCUUAAAGAUUUAAUGAUUCUGAUUCUAUCUUAGUGCCAAAGCAGCGGCUUGCCCACACUUCUGCAGGGCUGGGGCAGCACAGGCCGGGCACUGGGGACAUGGCAAGGAGCACACUCCCAGUCAUUCAGCCCCCAGUGCCACAAGGACCAAACAAGACCUGCUUUAUCCCAAGAGCAGGAUCCCACGGCUGGCUGCAGACAGCUCUUAAGGCAGCAACCACAGUGCAUCAGCCCUCGCUGCAGGUUCUGCAGGGAUGCUUUAACCCAGCCUUCACCUCCCAGCAGCCAGGUGCCAUCAGCCCCAAUUACUGCUGUCAGGGCUGUUCUCUCCAAGCUGAAAUAGGAGCUGGCUCACUCACUUUGGCUGCUGUCACUGUAAAUAGCGACAUGUUGGGGAGCUGGUGGGAUCCAGGGGGCCCCAUUCGGAUGAUGGUUGUGGCAGUGCUCCUUUCCAUCCGGAUGGGAGACCUGAGCAUGACGCAGGCAUUAAUUUCAUGUUUUAUCACAUAGGAGCGUGGAAGAGAUGCAAAGGGAAGCCGAAGCGCUGCCACGUGAAAGAGAUCCUAAUUACCGCGGCUAAUUACGAAGAAUAAAUCCCCAUUAGGGAGGGGCAGGUGGGGGGAAAAGAAAAACUGUCAGGGCUGAGAAUAACAUCAAACAAUUGGAAAUGCCAUGGGGAGAUGUCAGUGUGUUCCUGGCUCCCGGGGAUGGGUCUGCUCACCCUGAACGCAGCGUGGAGGCAGCGGGGUGGCUUUGGGGUGCUGUGAUUUAUCCUAUUUCCCCCCCACUGCAGGCACCUCGGCCCCAUACAGUGGGCUACUGGGCUUCGAGAGGAGCCCUGGGUUUUGCCCAAAUUGCCCACGUUUUUUGCCAAAAUGAGAGCCAGGAACAAUCUUUGGGAUGAGGUGUCCCCAAGCAUUUUCCCAUUGUUGGCCCAGCAGCACGUCCUACCACUGCCCAGCUGCAUGGAGCAGCCAUCUGGGCUGCCAGCCACCCCAGGACGGAGGGAAUAGGGCCGCUCCAUUCAUCAGGGGCUUUAUUAGGAAAUCGUUAAGCGGCUUUUCCCUCCCGAUCCCCGCUUAUCAGCAGCCAGGUGAAACGGUAAAUUGCAUCCCGGUGUGGACAGUCCGGGCAAGAGAAGCCCAUUUAUUUCCCUUUACGGGUUUAUCGCUAGAUCAAGGAGCUGCUGAAGAUGUAAGCAGCGCUGUUUAUUUCCCCAGGUGAUGGAUUCAGCUGCCACGCAGCUCCGUUAAGCACGGCACGCCGCCUGACAGCAGUGCCUAAUGGACCCGCGCUCUGCACCGCUGGCUCGUGUAUUUCAAGGCCUUGCUUUAAUUGAGUCCUGUCUCCCCCGUGUCAUGCCUUUUUUGCUUUUUGGGAGGCCUUUCUUAUGAUGUUCCCCCCCCUCCCCCUUUAGUUAGAAAGACUUCCCAAAAUACACCGAUGCAUUGGAUCUGCUCUCUCCUCGCCUCAUCCCUUUGGCAAAGCGGAGCCCUGAGGGAAGUUAACAAAUUGAACAUCUGUCCUCAGAGCAACUGAGUGCAAAGAACAGCGAAAUCUUUGGCUGUUUUUUUUUUUAUCUUUUUCUUUUUCUUUCAUUUUUCUUUUUCUGGCAGAAUUUGUGGAGGGGGCGAAAGCCCCUUUUGAAGCUGAGCGUUCCCUUUCUUAUCAGCUGGAGCCAUCCAUCCCAAUGACACCCAUUGUGGCUCGUUAAUGGAAAGCCAUUAAAACUCUGGAUCAAUAUUUUCUCAGGAGAGAUAGAGGCCUAUUCAAUGCCAUUCCCCAGGGAAGCAAAGAAAUACCAAUGAUCCACAGGCAAAGUGGAGCAGAACUGCUGAGGAUGCAACUUCUGCCCCAGCACCUAUGGGGGGGAUGGAGCAUCCCCAGCCCUGGGACCAGGAAAAGGGGGAAAAUUAGACAGAGGUCCUUAUUUUCAGCUUCUGUUUGGAGAGGCAGCGACCGGACUUCUCAGCCUUCCUAUAAAUACAAGCCAGAAAGCAGGAAACUGCAAUCUGCCCUAAUUCAGUUCCUUUCAUCUGAGGAUUCAAGGCGUCUGACAGCAUCUCAAAGAAACAAGUAGGGGCUUUGCAGCUUGCACAGAGGUGCAGCCAGUUGGGGUUUUGCUUUGCUGAGCAUUGCAUCGCGGCUCUCACCCAUCUGAUCUGCUCCUGACUUCCCCCCAUCCCAUGUCCUUGCUUCCUCCCAGAGGUGAUGUCCAUCCAUGCUCUUUGCCACAGCGCAUCUGGCUCAGCCUCACCGAGCGUGGGGGGGGGUUGUUGAUUUAAUCCAUUAAUUGCAGGAAUUAAUUUUCAUGAGAUGUUGAGGAAACUAAAAGGAAGAGCUGCAGGCUUCUUGCUGGGCGCAGGGUGGAGGGAGAGGUGCCUGACUGCCAUUGGGGCACCAUUUCUAUAUACACAGCCACCCAAAGCAGUGCUGAUGGAGAAACCCAGCAGUGAUGUCCUCACCUGGAGCGCCCCGUGCCCUCCUGGUGGUGUGAAGGCUGGGGAGCAACAGGUUGGUAAGAGAAAUCUGGGAGGCAACAGAUUUCCACGCUUAAUUAACUUCUCAAAUUAAUCCCAAUUAGAGACUCUUAAUUGGGAUGAUGGCUGUUAAUCAUCUUUCCACCCCGAGCAACAGCCUCGCUAUCUUAACUUCAUCAUGAAAACCGAGGGCACGGAGCUGUGCAGCCUGAGCACAAGCACAGCCCCAUAGGAUUUGGAGUCCCAUCACAGGGUCCAAUCCCACCCAUGGCGGGGGAUGGGGAGGGUGUGGGGAGCACAGCCCCCAUGGCCCCAACAUCACCACUGCUUUGGCUGGGGCAGCCUAGAAGAGGAAGGUGCUGCCCUGGGUAAGCACACACUGUGCUCCAGCAUCUCCCCCCAGGGCUGGCACCAAGGCAGGUCUGGUAUAAGGGCUGCUGAACGGGAGAAUAAGACCUCGAGGAGCCCAGUGGUGCUGGUAGUUCCUUGUUGGUGACUGGCUCAGAAUCCUCGGCAGGACAGUAGAAUAAAAUUCAUCUGCAUC